UAUUUUUGAAGGUAGCAUAGUAUUGUUGAGAAAGUCAAAUGGUGUGAAAGAUAAGAAAGUCACACUAUGUUCCACUUCCACUCACAUGGGGCGUGAACAUUGCACUAAAAGCCAUUUCUUCCACCCCAAAAAACAAUACGCACUUUGCUUCACUCCACGCCUAACUCCUUUCCCAUAACACUCUCAACAUUUCAUUGAUGAAAACCUUAUUCUUCACCACCACCAAUAACCUCACACAAUGGCCUCGGCCGCCGCCGCCAAGCCCAAGAAACCCGCCGCCGUCAACCUCCGCUCCAACCUCGCCAUCACCCUCUUCUUCAUCGUAGUCUUCACCAUCCCCGCCCUCCUCCUCCUCCACACCCCCUCCAACUACAUCUCCACCAACCUCUGCUCCUCCGACAAGCCCUGGUCCGGCGACCUCCGCCGCGCCGAGUUCUCGUGGAACAAGCUCUCCUUCCACGGCCGCGCCCCGCCGCUGCGGAUCGCCGUCUUCUCCCGCAAGUGGCCCACCACCGCCACCCCGGGCGGCAUGGAGCGCCACGCCCACACCCUCCACACCGCCCUCGCCCGCCGCGGCCACGACGUCCACGUCUUCACCUCCCCUCCCUCCGUCCCCCUCCCCGCCUCCUCCUCCUCCUCACCGGUGGUGCACUGCCACGAGGGAGAGCCGGAGAAAUGGCGGUACAAUAAAGCAUGGGAGCAAUACGAAGAAGAGAACCGUAAGAAACCCUUCGACGUCAUCCACUCCGAGAGCGUCGCGCUGCCGUUCUGGCUCGCGCGCGGCCUCCAAAACCUCGCCGUGUCGUGGCACGGGAUCGCGCUCGAGAGCGUUCAAUCGAGCAUCUACCAAGACCUAACGCGCAAAUCCGGCGAGAUCAUGUCUCCGGCGUUCAACCAGAGCCUGCAAUUCAUGAUCCCCAAAGUGCUGAACGAGAUCAGAUUCUUCUCCCACUACCACCACCACGUCGCCAUCAGCGACAGCUGCGGCGAGAUGCUGCGCGACGUCUACCAGAUUCCGGUCAAACGAGUCCACGUCAUCGUCAACGGCGUCGACGAGGACGAAUUCACGCAGGAUCUCAGAUUAGGUCACGAUUUCCGCGCCAAAAUCGGGAUUCCCCAAAAUGCGAGCCUAGUCCUCGGCGUCGCGGGGCGGUUGGUGAAGGACAAGGGGCAUCCGUUGCUGUACGAAGCUUUCUCGAUGCUGAAGGUGAAGAACUCCGGCGCGUACCUGAUCGUCGCCGGCGCGGGGCCGUGGAUGCAGCGCUACAAGGAGAUGGGGCCGCAGGUGAUAGUGCUCGGAUCGAUGAAUCCGUCGGAAUUGCGAGGGUUUUACAACGCGAUCGACGUGUUUGUGAACCCGACGCUGCGGCCGCAGGGGCUGGAUCUGACGUUGAUGGAGGCGAUGAUGAGCGGGAAGCCGGUGAUGGCGUCGAGGUUUCCGAGUAUCAAAGGGACGAUCGUGGUGAACGAUGAGUUCGGCUUCAUGUUCUCGCCGAACACGGAGUCUCUGUACGAGGCGCUGGAGGCGGCGGCGGAAGAGGGGGCGGAGAGGCUGGCGGAGAGGGGGAGAGCUUGCCGGGAAUAUGCGGCGUCUAUGUUCACGGCGAGGAAGAUGGCGAUGGCGUAUGAGAGAUUGUUUCUUUGUAUUAAGAAUGAGACCUUUUGUAUCUACUCUUAGAUGGAUUUUGUUUCAUUUUUUCUUCUUCUUCAUUUCUUAUUUAUUUCAGAAUAUAUAUGAUUUCAUUGAAGUGAA